AUGGAGCGGGAGAUAAACGGCGGCGCGGCGACCGCGGGCGAAGGGAACGGCUUCUUCUGCCACGACGACGCGCAGGUGGAGGCCAUGCAGCGGCGCGUGGACGCGGCGGCGCCCUUGGCCGACGACCCCUACACCAUCUUCCGCCUCCCCUCGGCCGUGCGGGAGCGGCACCGCGACCUGUACGAGCCCAAGGUCGUGUCCGUGGGCCCGUACUACCACGGCCGCGCCGGCCUGGGCGCCGCGCAGCAGCACAAGUGGCGCCUCCUCCGCGACUUCCUCUCGCGGGGCGGGAAGAAGCAGGCCGCCGCCGGUGGCGGCCUCGGCGCGUACGUGCGCGCGGCGCGUGAGGUCGAGGCGGACGCGCGCCGGUGCUACGCCGAGGGGGUCGGCCUGGGCGCGGACGAGUUCGCGGAGCUGCUGGUGCUCGACGGCUGCUUCCUUCUCGAGUUCUUCCUCAAGAAGAGCGAGGGGCAGCUCGCCGCGCCCGGGGGCGCCAAGUGGGCGUGGCACCACAUGUACCACGACGUCCUCCUGCUGGAGAACCAGAUACCCUUCUUCGUCAUCGAGAAGCUGCACGGCGUCGCCUUCGCCGGCGACGACGGCGGCGCUGAUGAGCGCGACGCGCUCCUGGACAUUUUCUGCAAGGCCUUCGCCGGCGACCUGCCGUCGAGCCGCGUCAUCCGGCCGCGCAGCGACAAGACCAUCCACCAUCUGCUGCACCUGCACUACGAGUGCAACGUCCGCAACCCAGCUGCCGAUAGCGACAAGGCCCGCCGCAACAGCAUUGGCGACGCCAACGGCGCGUCGCUGGCCAUCUGGAAGCAGCCGGCAAUCCCGUCGCCGCGCUCCGGCGAGGGCGCCGGCGCCGGCAGCAAAGGUCGUCUGACGUCGAUGAUCCCGCCGGCGGGCAAGAUGGAGGAGGCCGGCGUGACGUUCAAGCGCAAGGCGACCCCGCGGGACGUGUUCGACGUCAGCUUCCGGUACGGCGUGCUGCACGUGCCGGCGUUCGUGCUCGACGAGGGCGCCAAGGUGCUGCUCGCGAAUCUUGUGGCGUUCGAGCAGGGAGGUGGCCGCGCGGCGCGGCAGCUGGACGAGGGCAACCUGGUGACGGGCUUCGUGGCGCUUGUCGGGUCGCUCGUGAACUCGCGGAGGGACUUGGAGGUGCUCCGCCGGUGCGGGAUCAUGCAUUGCAUGCUCGCCGACGACGACGCCGUAGCCUACUUCAACCACGUGGUACAGUACACGACCAUGGACUACGAUCGCCACGUGCUGGCCUGCCUAUUCAGGGACGUUAGAGAGCACUGCCAUUGGAACAGAUGA